AGCUAUGAUAUUGAUUAAGAGUCUGAUUUUGUUACAUAUUCAUGGCUUCAAAGGUAGAUGGAAAAACAGUAUGGCCAGAUAACAAUUUAGGUCCCUUAGGACCAAGAGAUAGACGAUUUCCACUACCUGGCUCUGUUGGAGUUUCUCCAGAAAUUCUCCCUUCAAAAACACCUAUUUCUCCUGAGGUACCCAAGAUUGAACCUUCAACUCUUUCAGAUCGUCAUGAAGCUGUCAGUAGUCAGAUGAUGGAGCAUGCUUUUGGUACAGAAGGAGAUGUUCAUGAAUGUACCAUGCCAACAGCCACUGAUAUGUUAGAAUGUGUGGCUUUUGAUUGUCCCAAAACAUUAGUUCGAGAUUUUUAUGAGUUAUUCCCAGUAUAUGAGAGAAGGGAUGGUGCUAUCACUGUGAUAACUAUUAGUCAGAAAACAGUCAAUGAAAUGAGUACGUGGUCAGAAGCUGUAGAAACUGAACGUGAAGAACUUCUCAAAACUUAUAUUCAGGGUGCUUGUGAACUUUGUGCUGUAUUACAACAAGCUGGUUUUUGGGCAGAUUUUAUUGAUCCAAGUUGUGGCAAGCCAUUUCUUGGACCUUCUACCAACUUCUCACUUCAAGAAACAGAUGAACGUUAUCGUAGCUUAGGCUUUCAUAUUGAUGAUUUGGGUUGUUGUAAGGUUAUCCGUCAUCACUUGUGGGGAACACAUGCUUAUGUUGGCUGUUUAUUUACCAAUGCUCCCAUGGAUCACCCAGUGAUUAUGACUAUGAAAAAAGACUAUGUGGAGCCAAAGCACUAAAUGCCAAUAGACAAUAGUAUUGAUGGGAUUGGUCGUUGAUUAUGAUUUCUUUGAAACAUCUUGCUGUAUUGUCCUAUAUUUAUAUAUAUUUAGAUGUAACAAUUUACAAUGUUAGAUCAAACAGCAAUUUAUGUUUAAAAUGUGGUGCGAAAGAAAAAAAUUUUGAUCAAUUGAAGAAUAGAAAUUUCAUUUUGAAUAGUGCUACAGAUAAAUGUGCCCUAGACAACUUUAUUACUUGUUGAAUUAUAUCAGAAUGAUAAAUAAUGAAUGCAAUAUGAAUGUGUUCGUAUUUUUGCCUAGAAGAAAAUGACAAGUUGUCAUGUUCUUUUUUUCAUCUUGGAAGUGGAUCACAAAACUGUUAAUUCUUUUGAUGAAAUGUUGCAUUUGAUUGGACACAGUUUACUUUGCAUAGUUCUAAGUAAAUUUAUAAAUUCUAUUUUAUACUCUCAAAGCAUAGUUAUGGUAAAAAAGGCAUUGAAAAUCAAGAAAAUUUCAUGUAGUUUUCAAGUUAUUUAUGGUUUUUUGUUUACCUCAUCACAAGAAACUUUUGAAGUAUAAAACUGCAGAAACACUAAGUAUUUUGUACUAUAUAAUUUAUUUGCUGGCCUUAAUCUGUAAAAGAAUUUUAUGUUUU